AUGCACCCAACAGGGUCGGUGGACAGUAGCUUCUCCCGCUCUGCUGUGCAGACCCUCUCCCGGAGCCACUGCCGCAACAUCAAACAGAAGAUCUCCCAGUGGGAGGGGAGGACACGAGUGUGCUCCAGCAAGGAGAAACAGCAGCUGAAGGACUUUGGAGUAAAGUAUGAUCCCAGCUGCAAUGUUCUACCCGAAGUGAAGCCAGAACACACAGAGAAGGGCAGAAAGACUGGCUCCAAAGAUCCAAAGAGCCUGGGUUUGGACUUUAGGGAAGAUGUCCAGAGCUGCUUGCAGACUGGUGACUGUGGUGACCUCCAGCCCUGUGCAUGUAGCCUAUCUUCCCAAGCCAAGGAGAAAGGAGAGUGGCAAGCAGGCUUCCUGGACCCAGGGGCAACACUGCCCCCAGGUAACUUCUAUACCUCACAAGCGCUGUGGAGGAGAGUAGAUCCCCUUCUGCCUGGCAAAGCCCCACCAGUUCCCUUGGACCUUCAGAGGAAGCAAGGGAGCUGUGGCUCUCCAGAAAAAGAACUUAAAAUCAAAGGAGUAGAGACUCUCUGCAGGGCAGAGAGGAGCUUGAAAAACAUUUACUCUGAGGCUGAGGGGCAAGAGGAGCCAGCUGCUGUCCCACCACCCAAGCCCCGUAGGACUUUCCGCUAUCUCGCAGAAAAGGGUGCCGGUCGCUGUAGCAAUGCCAGUGCUACCAGGGAAGCUCCCCUGCCAAAGCAGCGUGGAGGAAACUUGGUGUCAUCCUCCACCAAUCCUGAGAAGAGAAUAACCAGCAGGAGGAUCAGAGGAAGAACCCAGAGGAAAUCUUUUGAGUUUGAGGACAUCCAGGGCUUCCGCAACCGGAUGGCAACAACCAACUCCCACAGACUUCGAGAAGAGGCAAGUGGCACUACAGGAUCCAGGCUCGUCUACACGCAGUCAGAAGACAACAUCUACGAAGACAUUAUCUGUCCUCCAAAAGAGAACCCCUAUGAAGAUGUCGGAGCGCUGCCCUUACCCUUGUGGAAGGUCCCAUCUGUCUGGAAGCUACCACCCCCCCGGGGCACCAGCAGGGCUCCCAAGCCUCCCCCAAAACCUCCCUUCCUCAAUCGCAAGAGUCUUGAGCUAAAGCCUUCCCAGACAAGUUUCCAAGGGAAAAUGGUGAAGGACACAACCCUGCCUGUCACGCUGACCGAGUGGAAGCUGUUCCAAGCAGUAGAGGCUGCUAGCAGGAGAAAGAACUUGCCCUGGCUGGUACUAAAAAUACAGGAGAUCUUUGAUUCUAAGCGUGGAAAGAAGAGGGUGAAGUUGCUCAGUCCUGCUGGGAGAGAAGCACCUCCAGUGAAAGGUGAAACCAGUGGGAAUGAAAGUGAUACGGAAAAUCAGCCGAAAAGUCGCCGCAGGUGCAUGCUGCAGGUGCAGUCAGCCUCCAAGAGGAACCCGCACUACCAGACUUUGGAGAGGGACUUGAUAGAGCUCCAGGAGCAGCGGCUGUUUGAGCUCUUCGUGGUGGUGUCACUGCACAAGAAGGCAUCUGAGAUGACUUACACACCACAGAUCAUACAGCAGUUUCCCAGCAAG